AUGCCGAGUGCUGCGUCCCAACACAGACAGUCCUUCAACGAGCUUAGAGGCGCACCGCCCAGCCCAAGAUCCCAGAGGCAGCCCUCACUCUCACAACUCGCAGUGCAAGAACUCAUAGACAAUCCUCCAAGCAGAAAUGCCCCAGAUCCGCGGUUUGCAGGGCGGGAUUGGCGGACAGUCAAAAUUCAGGAACUGACCAGCCCUGAAGACCUGAAGUUCGUUGAGACCGACACACCAGUUGAGACUGCUACGAAUCUUCUAAUUUCAUCUGGAGCUCCUGUACUCCUCAUACGCAAUGGGCCAGACACACCAGUCAUCGGCACUUUCGACUACAGAGACCUCAAUGCAUACCUCCUCAUAGUCAUCGGCCUUGCACAGCCGGACGAGGAUCACAUCGCCGACUUUGCGGAGCUCGCCCAGAAAGCCCGGGAGGGCAAAGCUAUCCCCCUACGAAGCAUCAAAGACUGGGGAAAGAAAGAGCCGCUAACGUUUCUACCUGGCAACUCUGACUUGGUGCGUGCCAUCGAUACAUUUGGAAAAGGAUUACACCGGAUAGUCGCAACGGAUACGGCCGGCAAUGUCACUGGCCUUUUGAGUCAGACUCGCUUGAUUAGAUUCUUGUGGGAGCAUGGCAGACACUUCCCCGUCAUUGAGCAGCUCCACUCUCAAUAUCUACGCGAUUUGAAGAUCGGCUCCAAUUCUGUCAUUGCUAUCAACGGAGACAAGCCUUUAGCAGACGCCUUGACACUACUUCUGAACGAAGGAGUAUCGUCACUGGCUGUUCUCGACAAUUCAUCGAACGUGGUCGGCAACAUUUCAGUGGUUGAUGUGAAGCUUCUUACAACAUCGUCCUCUCUGCCACUCCUCAGGAAUACGUGUAUCCAUUUCGUUUCCUAUAUCCUCUCCAAUCGGGGCAUGGAGAAUGGCAAGGAUUCUUUCCCAGUCUUCCACGUUACCCCGAUGAACACGCUUGCGCACAUUGUGGCCAAGCUAGUCGCAACAAGGAGCCACCGUUUGUGGGUCACGGAGCCGAUAUCGCCUUCGUCAUCUGGACCACCGACGCCGUCUCUCAAUACCGCGACACUGGUGCCUACAUCAUCGCAUUCAUCCUCGCUAUCAGCAGGAUCUGGACAACAUCAUGCCGUUCCACCGCCCGCACUCGCGGCUGAUCCUGGUAACGUUGCUGAUGCUUCUCCGAAAACACCAUUCAUUGCACCCAGUGGACCAUCGAUCUCGGCAAAUUCGAUGCCGGGCGCGCGAAUCAGUGGCCGGCUUGUGGGCGUGGUCAGUCUGACCGACAUUCUCAUCUUAUUCGCACGUGCCGGUGGCCUUGAUGCUGUCGAUCCACACGAGAUCCGAGCACGGCGGAGGAGGUCAAGCUCAAGCAGCGCGCGACCCAGUAUCGAUUUAGGUGUGCGACCGAGGCCAUCAAUUGACCUGCAGCGCAAACCUUCUGGGGGCGGAUGA